AUGCCACCAAAUCCCCUUACGCUCAAGCAGAGACUUGCAGCACUAUCCGCCACUAUUCCUAACGCUCGCUCGAAUUCUGACCGUGCACCCCAAUCUUCAACUACGAAAAGGCGGCCCUUCUUUGGCCAAUCUUUGGGAAAGCGCAGUGCGCAAGUCGACGUUCUCCAGGGUUCGCAAUAUGGACACGAGAAAGCGCAGGAGGUUAUGAGCAGGAUGAUAUUCCAGGCAGGGGUAGACUAUGAGACGAGACCCAUGGUCGUCAUGAAUGCUUCAGCUCUGCCCGAUCCACGGGAACUUUCGUAUGAUAUCCUAUUGGAUCGCAUCAUGGCCUACCUCAACUUAUACGUUGAGUCCGACUACACAGUCGUCUUCUUUGCUGCUGGUGGCCGUCACACUCCCGGGUGGAAUUGGGUGUGGAAGGCAUACAGGAGUCUAAGUCGGAAAUACCGCAAGAAUCUCAAGCGACUGUAUAUUGUCCAUUCAAAUUUCUUUACAAAGAUGCUAUUUUCCCUGGCUGGAAGCAUCAUCAGCCCUAAAUUCUUUCGCAAGAUAACUUAUAUAACAACACUCUCUGAUUUGGCAUACCAUGUACCACUUACGCAGAUCGAUAUUCACCCUGUGGUAUACCGAGAAAACUUGAAGCACGAAAAGCAAAUAACUCUUCCUGUGAUUUCCCACGCCGACCUUUUUGGAGUGCCUUUAGAAGAGCUCAUGGGAUAUGAGGGUGAAAAGAGCGGUAUCCCAAGGGUCGUCAAGGACUGUAUCCAAUACCUCCGUCAAGCUGGCCUUGAGGAGGAAGGGAUCUUCCGACGGUCCCCCAAUUCGGUCAUGCUCAAGCAGGCUCAACAGGCUUAUGACCGAGGGCAUGUGGUCUCCCUGGAAUCAUUUGCGGAUCCACACUUGGCGGCAGUCCUGCUGAAGAAAUACCUUCGGGAUCUGCCCACUCCCAUAUUUGUGGAGCCCUUUUACCCCAUAAUUCUGCGAUGCCCCGCACCAACCGACGACAGCAACGACCUCUCUAGUAUCUCCUACAUUAGGGAGAGCGUCUUACCUGGAUUGCCGCGUUGCGCAUAUAUUUUGCUCAGCAACGUUUUGCAGCUGUUGCACGAGGUGUCGCUACGUUCGGAGAUCAAUCGAAUGGACGCACACAAUUUGUCUGUAGUCAUUAGUCCCAACUUGGUGUCGAGUCCGAACCCCCUUCGAGACGUCAUGAUGUGCUCGGUCCCGAGCACAUCCACCACCAUCGGCCCGGCUGCUUUCCCACAAGCGCAGCCGGCGGAAGGCAAAACUACCCUCGGUAUGGUGAUCAAGCUCUGCAUCCACCGGUACUACGAGGUCUUCGACGAGGUGCAGGACCGCAGCGAGGCGGUGCCCCGCCACCUAUUCGUGGAACGAGACGCGUCCCCAUCGUCGACCUCAAGCCCCCGCACGGGUCGGAACCGCGACAGCGUGUAUGACGACGACGAGGAGAUCGACGACGCGAUGCUGGUGAUGCCCAUCGGUCCCGACGGAUCCGGCGGUUCGCGCGGCAACGGCGGUUCCGAGGCUCGCGGGGUGCAGGCGAAGGACACCUUCGGCACGCGGUCCGUGCAUACGACGUACGGGGCGAACGGCAACGGUAGUGCGUAUGCCACCGUGAACAAGGCGCGCUCGAUGAUCAGCAUCGAGAAGGGGGGGAGCGCGCGGAGCGGCUCCAUUACGAUUGGGAGAGGGACGACGAGGAAGUCGUCGGGCGCGGGGGUUGAGGCCCUCGGGAUCAGUGCUGCGGGAUUUUUCACCGCGCCAGAGACGGCUCCGCCGGUCCCGUCGCUGCCUGGGAGAUCAUGA